AUGACCGAAUUAGCACUCAAGAUCCUCAUCAUUGGGCCUUCAAACGUCGGCAAAACGGCGCGUCAGUCUCCCUCUCCUCUCCGACGUCCUUUCGAGAUUAUCUUUGCUGGGGUCUUCAAGCGAUAUUGCGACAACGACUUCGAUCCCAACGAUGCAUCGGCCACCAUCGGCAUCGACAUGCAUAUAAAGCGGCUCUCCGUCCGUGGCAAAACUUGCCGCGUCAUGCUCCUCGACACGGCGGGCCAGGAACGCUUUCGCACCCUGUCGACAAGCUACUACCGCGGCGCCCACGGCAUCGUCUUUGUCUACGACAUCACCAACCGCAGAACGUUUGAGCAGAUGGACAGCUGGUUCGCCGAGGCCGAAGCCAACACGGCCAUGGCUGGUGCCGGGUCUUCAAUAAAGUGCCAGUUCUGCCUGGUGGGCGCCAAGGUAGACCGCGCAGGCACAAGUCGCGCCGUGUCGACGGAAGAGGGCGCGGCGCUGGCAGCAAAAUACAAUGACAACGACGGCGUAGCACCUCUCUUCUUUGAGACGAGUGCACGGACGGGCGAGAACGUACGGGAACCGUUUGUGGCCCUGGUUGACCGGAUCGUGGCCUCUGGUGCUAUGAGUGCGCCUCGACGAGCAGCCGAAACUGUGUCCCUCGGUGUGGGUAGUCGUGAGGGAGAAGGACAAGCUAGCUAUCUCUCCAACUGCUCUUGCUGA